ACUUUGUGAGAAAUCCUGCAAGACCAGAGGGGUGUAUUGCUGAGUGUUAUCUGGCUGAAGAAUGCGUCCAGUUUUGUAGUGAAUUCUUAAAGAAGUCUACAAACGUACAUGAAAAACUAGAUAGAAACACUGACUAUGAGAAUAGUUCUAUACUAGAGGGUCGUCCUAUAUCCGCAGCCACUUCCAUAACUCUCUCAGAAAUGGAUAAGAAAAUAGCUCAUCUUGCUGUCAUCCAAAAUAUGGCUGUCGUCGAACCUUAUAUCGAUGAGCACCUUCAGCAUCUACAAGACACCAAUGGAAGAUGCCGACGUGAUGCAUCAGUUUUAUGGGCUAUGCAUUCUGAGAAUUUUGCAUCUUGGUUAAAACAGCAGAUACCAAUUGAUUCAGACAGACAUGGAGAAGUUUUAAAAUGGUUGGCUUACGGUCCACGUUAUAUGGCACGGUCAUAUACAGGUUACAUAGUGAAUGGUCAACGGUUUCAUACAAGUUUAGUUGAUAGGAAAAAUCAGAAUAGUGGGGUUUUCUAUGAGGCAACAGCAGUUUGUAGGGCUAGUGCGAAAGAUACUUCACAAGUGGUUGAUUUGGUAUCUUACUACGGCAGAGUGAUAGACAUCAUACUAUUAGAUUAUAAUGUUUUUUAUGUUCCUCUCUUCCGGUGUCACUGGGCAGUAAUGGGUAAUGGAGCUAAGAUAGAAGAUGGUUUCACACUAGUUAACAUGAAUCAUAGUCAAGUCUCUUUUUUAAAAGAUCCAUAUAUAUUAGCAUCGCAAGCAAAGCAGGUGUUUUACUUAAGGGAAGACGCAGAAUCAAGUUGGCAUGUUGUUAUGCAAGUUCCUUCAAGAAGAUAUAAUAAAGAUUUGGGUGAUGGAAUUGCAGACAUUGGACCAUUACCAGCAAAUGUGGACAUGGAUGUUCACAUGGAUGAAUCUGAAAAUGCCCGAACUGAUUGUGAAGGCAUAUUUGUCUGA